AUGCAGCUCAACAAGGCCAGACAGAGGAACACGGGCAGACAGAAGGACUUGGAAAAACAGAGGGACAUGGGAAGACAAAGGAACAUGGGAAAACAGAGGAACACGGAAGAUGGAGGGACACAGGAAGACAGGCAGGGGCCGCCAAAGAGCGGGGCAGCCCAGAGACCCCAGGCACCCAAUGACCGCAGCCAGAAAGCCACCACCCCCCCAGAGGCCACUCACACACUCAAUCAUCCUAUGCAGUCAAGGGAGCACGGACCUGGUACCUGCCACCCCAAAGCCCCCCAAACAGGUGCGGGGACCCACCACACUCCACACCUCCCCAGUCUUACAUGCACUAGGGAUGCAGCGAUCACCGGCACAGUGCCACCCCACAGCACGAGACCCAGCGACCAGCACCCCCGCCCCAGGUCCCAAUCGCCACCACAGCCGCACCCCAUCAUCGCACCCCGAGAGAACCCCCACGGCAAGUCCAGGCCAGCCCAGACAUCCUGGCGCAUGCCGGGUCCCCCCCCCACCCCGGGAGGGGCAGCACCCGGACCCCAGGGCCCAGGAACUGCACCCCACCCACCCCAGCCACCCGACCCGGGGGAUGCCGGCCACCGACCCAGGCCCAACCCGGAGCCCCCCACCCCACCACCACAGGGCAACCCCGGCGUCGGGUCCACCCCCGCCCCAACCGGGACAAACACCAAACCGCCCCCAGAGCAGGGCAGUCCAGACCCCCACCCCGAGGGACCACUAGUGACCCGUAGCCCCUCAGCACCUCCUGCCAGCCUCCUAACACUCAGAGUGUUGUGA